ACAGAUUUUCCCUCGAUCUUUCUUCUCUCGAUGGAGUUCUUCGCUGGACGGUCGACCGGUGACGUGGGGUUGUUGUCCUUUUCACGGCCCUUACAUGGCCGACUUGCUAUACAGGCUGCCUCUGCUACUCCUCUUCGUCGUGCUGCUUCUCAUCGUUGUCUUCUUCCACAUGUGUUCCGUAGGCCUGGUCCCUGUCGUGGCUCGCAAAAGGAGAUCUUCCAAGAACGGCGAUAGGAUGGAUCAUCGAGUGACCUGCGGCAGACCGGCAGGCACGACACCAGGAGCGAGCAAUCAGCAACGCAGUGCGGGGUCUGUGGCGAAGCAAGCGUACGACCCGACGUUGUAUGCUCACCUGCCUUCUCACGAGAUUCCUCUGCCCUCGUCGGAUGACAAGGGGGAAGACGCCAGGUCGUCGACUUUGCCGUUGGGAAGUGGCUCGACGCAGGAUUCGGCGGCGUCGCAGUCGCACGGUGGCAGGCAGGCGGACACCCCGUGGUCUUACACGUCACUGUUAAACGAGCGGAUGUGCGACGACGACGACAAUGCAGCGGUUGAUCUGAGCUUCCACUUGUCGAGCAGCAGCGUAGCAGCGGCAAUGCAUACUCGCAUCAUCAAUCCCCACCCAAAUGAGGAUUGCACGAAGCAGACGUACGUUGGUCCAUGCGGGCCGCGAUACGACGGUCUACCUCCGUCACUUCACGAUGGUGGUGGGAAUCGAAAUGUGUCGUCGACGCAAGGCAGAGGAGGAGUCGGCACGGAUCAACGUCCGGAAUGGAUGUGCUUAUCACCUGCGUCGCGAAGCGGAUCUGGGACUCCUCGAGGACGGCAGCGACAGGAGGAUUUGCCUGAGGGAGGUGCGCACGUAGAAUGCGACGACAGGCAGUUGUGGGCAGAGUGCAGGCAGGCCUUGCGUCAAGCUGGAAUCGAGACAAUAACGAGAGAGGUGCAACGACUCCACGUGGGCGACGACGACGACGCGGCUUUUCAGGAGCCCCUCGAUUGUGACGACGUUGACUGUGACGAGGAUUGCAACUCCGACGAUUUCCCUAAUAUCUAUUUGUAUAUCGCCGGGAUGGGGCACAAUUUCGGCCGCACGAAGACCAGGGAAUGGAAGUGGGAGGACAUGCGGGCGAGGUUGCAGAAGAUGAGCGUCACGAGGAAGGCCAUCGACUGCGGGAAGAAAUGGGACAACUUGAUGCAACAAUUCAAGAAGGUUCACAAGUUUCAACACCUCUCCGGCGGGAAGGACUACUUCAAGCUUGCUUCAUCGGCCAAGCGAUCGGAGGGCUUCAACUUCGUCAUGGACGGGACCGUGUACGACGAGAUGGAGGCCAUGACGAAGGGGGAUCACACGAUCCACCCAAAGAAUUUGGCGGACACGGGAGCGGCGGGGGGGGCUCAGAUGCCGGCAGGCGCAGGGGCUGGAGGGGAAUCCAUGGCCAGUGAGGGUGGAGGGGAGGCAGCCGACGAGGACCAGGGGUCGACAAAAGAUUCGAAAUUCAGCGCGGGGAGCGCCGACGGUUCUGGGAAGAGGAAGAACAUGUGGCAACAAACCUUUGAGGCCAUCGCUGAGGUCAUGGACAAACAUGGUGCGCUCAUGGCGAGCACGAUACACAGCGCAAGCAAGCGGCGAUGCUCUAUGAUGUUACGACAGUGCGAAAUCCUGGAGACCGAAGUGGAAGUGCAAAGGAAACAUUAUGCUACGGCGGAUGAGGCGAACAGAAUGAUGACAUUGUGCAACGCCCUUAUGGAGAUAGUGAAAGUCAUCCGCGAGAGAUCAUGAUUCAUGAUGACAGUACUGUUUAUUGUCGCUUUACAUU